AUGUCGCGUCGCUCGCACCCCCGGCCGCGAGUUCACUCACGUGUUCGUCGACAGGCCGCCCCCGAGCCGACGCCGGCACCAGAGCCGAACCCCGCGCCGGAGCCCGACCAUCCUCCAUCCGAUGACGAAAAGGAGCCCGGCGACUGGCGACCGUCGCGUCCACCGUCGCCCCCGCAAGGCCCUGAUGAUGUUUCUGAAGUGUCCGAAGCUACACGACCCACCAGACCAGAGCCUGUAAGCCGAUACGCCAAUCUCAACUAUUGGAAGGCUAGGCGAGUUACGUUUUAUCGCAAUGGAGAUCCUUUUCAUCCUGGAGUCGAGUUCCGGUUUAAGCCAGGCAGGGAUCUCGCUUCCAUGGAUGCGUUGCUGGACAGACUGUCUGAGAGGCUCGAACUGCCGAGAGGUGCCAGGUUCAUAUUUGGGAUGGAUGGAGAUCGAAAGUACAGGCUUGAAGAACUUGAGGAUGGAGCUUCGUAUGUGGUGUCUUCCUACAAAACUUUUAAGGCAGCGAGUUACGGCAAGAAGAACGGUAUGUGGUACGGAGGCGGUACCGGUACCAGCGGAUGGUCAAGAGCUGGUACCCGCAAGCAGUCGGUAGCGGAGUCCGACGCGCCACCACCAGGCGGUGGUAAGCCUAGCAGCGGACGAGUCAUCCGGAUCAUCAACAAUAUGGACCAUUCUAUACAGUGUCGUGUUUUACUGAAUUUACGAACCACACAGCCGUUCGAGGAAGUGCUCGAGGAUCUAGGUCAAGUGUUAAAGAUGAGCGGAGCUAAAAGAAUGUACACAAUUACUGGACAAGAGGUUCGUAGUUUCUCACAACUCCGCAACGAAUUCGCUGAUGUAGAAACGUUUUACUUGGGGCCUGUUAUGAUGGCGCCUGCGUUGAGUCCAGGGAUCAGCGCACCUUUGCCGAUAGAGUCGCCAAUACGGAGGUCCCGUUCUAGAGGUAACGUGGCCACAGCGCCGUUAACAGAAGAUUUGCGAGGCAGACGAGCCAGAAGCAAAAGCCGACCCAGGGUUCUGUAUGCUCCUGAAGGAGAAAUUGUUCGAAACUCAGAUUAUACUCUUCUAGAGGUACUAAAAGAGGAGCCUAUAAGGGUCACAAUACGAGGCCUUCGGAGGACAUUCUAUCCUCCCAUACAUCACGCGCCUAUCGACAACUCCCCACCAGAGAAGAAACUACAACUGGACUGGGUGUAUGGAUACCGUGGUGCCGAUUCCCGCCGCAAUCUCUGGGUGUUACCGACUGGAGAACUAUUAUACUAUGUCGCAGCCAUUGCCGUAAUGUACGACAGAGAUGAAGAAUCACAAAGACAUUAUAUGGGCCAUACAGAAGAUAUCCAGUGCAUGGAACUCCACCCGUCUCGGGAGCUGGUGGCGAGCGGGCAGCGCGCGGGCCGGGGCCGCCGCGCGCAGGCGCACGUGCGCAUAUGGAGCACCGACACGCUACAGACACUACACGUGUUCGGCAUGGCGGAGUUCGAGGCCGGCGUGUCCGCUGUCGCCUUCUCACAACUGAACGGAGGGAGCUAUGUAUUGGCGGUGGACGCUGGCCGAGAGAGCAUUCUCUCCGUCUGGCAGUGGCAAUGGGGACAUCUUCUAGGCAAAGUUGCUACUUUACAAGAGGAGCUGACCGGAGCGGCGUUCCAUCCACUCGACGAUAACCUUCUCAUUACACACGGGAAAGGACAUUUGGCGUUUUGGAACCGAAGGAAGGACGGUUUCUUCGAACGAACGGACAUCAUUAAACCGCCAUCCCGCACACAUGUGACAGCGUUGCAGUUCGAACAGGACGGUGACGUGGUAACAGCAGACAGCGACGGGUUCAUCACCAUUUACAGCGUAGAUAGCGAUGGAGCGUACUUCGUGCGAAUGGAAUUUGAGGCACACAUCAAAGGCAUCAGUUCUUUGAUCAUGUUAUCUGAAGGCACUCUUAUAUCAGGAGGUGAGAAGGACAGGAAAAUCGCAGCGUGGGAUUCUCUGCAGAACUACAAGAGAAUUACUGAAACGAAGUUGCCAGAUGUGGCUGGCGGAGUUCGUAGUAUCUAUCCUCAAAGGCCAGGAAGAAAUGACGGCAACUUAUACGUUGGUACUACCCGAAAUAAUAUAAUGGAGGGAUCUUUACAAAGACGUUUCAAUCAGAUUGUAUUUGGCCAUUACAAACAACUCAUGGGCCUGGCGGUACAUCCGGACGACGAAAUGUUUGCCACCGCUGGUCAUGACAAAAACAUCGCUUUAUGGAAAGGCCACAAAUUGUUAUUUGCCACACAGGUCGGCUAUGAGUGCGUAUCUUUAGCAUGGCACCCAGGCGGUGGCGCCCUAGCUGCUGGCAGUACAGAAGGUCAUCUGAUAGUGUUAAAUGCUGAUGCCGGAGCACAUGUUGCUACCCUACGUGUUUGUGGAUCUCCCUUGAAUUGCUUACACUACAAUUCUGCUGGUGAUACACUCGCAAUAGGAUCACAAAAUGGCAGUAUAUACUUGUUCAGGGUAUCGCGAGAUGGAUUCUCGUACAAGAAAUCUAAUAAAAUUCGCGGUGCUCAGCCACUGGUGCAACUGGAUUGGAGUUUGGAUGGAAACUAUUUGCAGACUGUUACUGCUGAUUACGAUUUAGCUUUCUGGGAUAUUAAAUCAUUAUCGCCAGAAAAGAGUCCGAUAGCAAUGAAAGACGUGAAAUGGUCGAGUUACAAUUCAACAGUUGGAUUCCUUGUAUCAGGCAUGUGGAACAAUAGAUUCUACCCCAUGACAACAUUAAUAUCUACUUCAAGUCGUUCCUCCGCCCACGAUCUUCUCAUAUGUGGUGACUUGGAUGGAUACUUGCGUCUAUUCAGGUACCCAUGUGCCAGUCCGAAAGCAGAAUACAACGAGGUGAAAGCGUACAGCGGAACGAUAUUCAACGCUCGGUUCUUGUUUAAUGACCGGUGCUUGGUGAGUGCUGGUGGCAGUGAUGCGGCACUGAUGCUGUGGGAGCUGGUGGACGACUAGCAUGAGGCGGCGCAGGGGCGGCUCGCGCCGGCGGUGGUGGUCGCGCCCCCCACGCCCUCGCCGCCCCUCGCCCUGCAUCCUACCUUUACAAUACUAAACUUCGACGAGCUGGACUGAAUACGUCUACAUACCGCGAGGAUUUCAGUACACCAUUGAAGACGGUUCGAUGAUGAACCGCUUUAGUCUGGAUAAUACAAUAAAUCGAAUUUACUUUCGAAAAUUUAUCGUUAGCAUGAUAUCUCAGAUAUCAAUGAAGGCGCAAGUUUUUCCCAAUUUGGACUUCAUAUAUCCAAAUGAAUGGAUUUGGAACACGAGGAGUAUAAUAUUUGAUUAUUCGUAGUACACGACACACUGCCAUUCUUUACUUGCAUACAUAUAAAUUAAGUAUGUAGUGCAUAUAUGUAUAUCACGCUAAUAUAUUCUAAAGCUUAAAGGUGAUUAACAAUGAAUAAAUAUAAUAGAAAUUAUGUUGAGAAUUUCCUUAAAAAAUAAUUUUGAUAAACGACUUCAUUCUUAUAAUAGUAUUUAAAUACAUAUUUAUUAAUAUUUAAUCAUCAUUAUUAAGUAUGGCGUGUCUUUAAAGGUCAAAAUAUCGAUUAGGAUGUUCCAGUUUAUUAGUUAUACAAAAAUAAAGACGUGAGGAGCGAUGGCCGCACUUAAAUAUUUUUCAAGUUCAUAUCCACAUCGAUAUAUAACACGUGUAACAACACAACAUGAUUUAUUUGUAUACAUUUAAAAUGAAUUGGACCGCCAAUUGUUUUAUAAAUGACCCUGAAGCUCGCGAAUAGCGCCUGAGGCGUAUGAGGCACGAUUUCAAAUGCGUGCACAUAUUAUAUAAUAUUAUAAAUCUAAAAUGAUAAAAAUAUAAAUGGUAGAUGUAUGAAUAAAUAUAAGCACAAUUUUUUGAUAAUAUUUCAUAUAACACAUUAUAUUAUCACUAAGACAUUUAUACUCAAAGUGGCAGGCCACAAAUAUAUUUUUUGUUUUGUUCACAUUUGAUUUGACCCGUGUAAAAUAAUUGUAAUGUCCGUGGUGUCGAUUUUAAAGUGGUAUUAUUUUUAGCCAUCCUAUAGUAUCCAACUAUUAUUAAAUCGGUAAAACAAGUGGUAUAUCAUAUUUUACUAAAAAUCCAGUUCUUAUUUCUAAGUUGUAACGCAAGUAGAAACAACUCGAAUAGGAUCUAUUACCUAAUCAUGGAAUUAUACGUAAAAUAGGUUUUAAAAUAGCCCGUUUCUGGCUCUUGGGCGAAGCCAACUAUCAACACAGGUGAGACACAAACCUCAAAUUUUGACAGCCGCUCUUUUGGGUUCCGAUUUAAUUAAAUGUAUGCAAAAUGCAUGCACAAGCCUGGAAUCCAAUUCUCCACUGAAAUUUUGAUCCAAGGGGAGGGCAAAGCUGCAAUUUUACCUAAUUAGUACCAUUAAUUCAAUACAUUAUACAAAUAAUGACAAAAAAUAUGUAUACUUGCUUUGAUAAGAUUUGUAUUUUUGUAUGUAUCCCGUAUUGUAUUUGUAUCCAGGAACGGGCAAUUGACCUUCCCUACUCCUUCCCUGGUUACACUCAUGUUCUAAAUAAUGACAAUGCAAAA